GGCGGGGCGUAUUUCGCGUAUGUGUGCGUACAAACACGUGUCUUUUGGAAGAGGUUGGACGAACGUGUGCUGUGUUUAUACUAGUAUCGUGAAGAAUUUCCAGACAUGGCAAAGAGUAAAAAGCACAAUCCUACCUCACAGACUGAAGUUGUAAUGGAAAAAAAAUUAAAGUCUAAGAAGCGUCUUGUUGAAGAUUUAUCACAUGAAAAUGAGCCUCAGCCUGAAAGAAAGAAGAAAAAGAAAAGCAGCAACAUUAAGGUUAAGCCUGGCGAUUUAAUCUGUGAAAAUACAAAGAACAUCGUCAUCAGUCAAACGAAACUAGAAGAUAUGCCUAUCACAUCAAUUGACCAGCAAGAAGAAGAUGAAGAGGAAGGGUUAACAGCAGAGGAAAAGAGAAUCCUUGAAAGGAAGCUCAAGAAAGAAAGGAAAAAACUGGAAAAGAAAAAUAAGAAGGCAUCACAAGAAAGCACCAUGGAGACUGCUGGGCCUGGUCCAGCGGUUGCAGCUGAGCUGGCACUGCAGUAUCUGAGAUGCUGGUAUGAAAACCGCCAAGUGUGGAAAUUUCAGAAAACAAGGCAAACUUGGCUUUUACAAAACAUGUAUGACAAACAGAAGGUACCUGAUGAAGACUUUGCUGUGUUGCUGGAAUAUCUGGAAGGGCUGCAGGGCAGUGCCCGGGCCACAACCGUGAGCAAAGCUGAAUCUGUCGUCCGGGACCACGACGAUUCUGAAGAGAUGACUGACAGAGCCAGGCAGAUAAUUCAGCUGCUGUCCUAACAUUUCUGCCAGUAAUCAUACUGAGAAAAGCAACACAUCAAAUUACUGGAGUCAGACACUCAUGUCGCAAUUGGAAAAGUGGGAGGCAGUUCUCACUGAUAAUAUUUAUUUAAAGCCCACAUAAAGCCACUCGCUGGUGCUGCUGUCAGAUCUCCUGUAGUUCAGCAUUGAAGACUUUUAUGUUGGGGUAUCCUGAUAAUUAGCAUAGCCAGGCUUUAUAUUCUUCUGGUCACAUCGUCACACCCUUGUAGUGCUGCUUGCAUUUCUUGUGUCUUCACACUUCAGAACUGCAUUGCGUUACUUAUACUUUUUACCUUGCUGUUUGUACUUCAUAAUAUAUUUUUAAUAAAACAAAUCAAUUGAAA